CCUCGCCCAACGCUGUACUGUCCACAUUUCGAUGAGAAACUCUUGAAGUGUGUCCGUUUUAUGAACAAACAUCAUUUCAAGGUCGCUUUUAAUCCGAUUGAUCCUAAUGCUGGAUUGAAAGGCGCCAAGCGAAGAAAGAGUAUACAUCGUUACGCGUACAAAAUCGUGCCAACCGACUCUCUACCUCCAAAGGUGGAACAACAAAUCGUUGUGAGUAAUACUCUUGUCGUAAUUGUACUUAGUGAACCAAAGCCAGUAGGGCCUAAGAACUGA